UUUCUUCCGUAUUAAAAAUAUCCCUCGCCUCUUCUCCGUCUGCCUCUAAAUGGCGUCUGAAAAUCCUAAUUUCCUUCCGCUGCUUCCACCGCUGCUGCGAAAUUACAGAAACCUAAUUCUCUCCACUUCUAUUGAUUUCUCAGAGCUCAAUCGUCUUGGGAAUUUUCUAUGAGGCUGAAGCUUUUGUGCCUUGGAAUCGGUUUGCUUUGGUUUCGUUGAAGAAUUAUCGAAAUCAGAACUGUUCGAAGAAACUCAUUUAUUUGGAGGGAAUUUAAGAAAAAUCAUUUUUAUCGGUUUUCUUCAAUAAUUAGGGGUCAAGACGAACACACCGCCAUUCCCUUCUAGUCCUUUAAUGGCGGAAGAUGGGCUCAGGCUCAACGGGUUUUCUCCGGGGUUGGCUAUUAUUUUAAACGAGGAAGAUAGGAGAGACAAUUCCCAGAAAACCCACCUUGUUUCCUAUCACGAUGACAUCCGCAACCCCUCUGUUGAACGUACCCUCGAGCAUGUAUUUGAUCUCCCGUACAAGUCAAUACAUCCACCGACUUGUCCGAUUGAUGCCGAUUUUGUUCGUUCGGUCUUGAAGAAAGAAAUUCCAAAAUUUCGGGGGAGCCCGAAUUGGGCAUGUAGUGAUAGCGAUAGAGAUGGGAUAUGUGUCAGCGGUGUCGCGGAUGGUGCUGUCGUAAUAGAUGAAGCUAGCAUCUGCGGGGAGGUACGGAGUUUCAAGCAGCCGCUGCUCGUGGAAAGCCUUGCUGUGUUCAGCAGCGUCCGAGCCAAUGCUUGCAUGUGGAAAGGGAAAUGGAUGUACGAAGUGCUUCUAGAAACUUGUGGGAUACAGCAACUCGGGUGGGCCACCCUUUCGUGCCCAUUUACCGACCAUAAGGUUGUGGGGGAUGCCGAGGAUUCAUAUGCUUUUGAUGGGAAGAGGGUUAAGAAAUGGAACAAGGAUGCUGAGAAAUAUGGUCAGUCAUGGGUUGUCGGAGAUGUCAUUGGCUGUUGUAUUGAUUUGGACUGCGGUGAGAUUUUGUACUACAGAAAUGGGGUUUCACUUGGGGUUGCUUUUGAUAAAGUUCGGAAGAUGGGGCCUGGACUUGGGUAUUAUCCUGCUAUCUCUCUUUCUCAGGGUGAGCGUUGCAGCAUGAAUUUUGGGGCUCACCCGUUCAAGUACCCGGUUGAUGGGUUCCUUCCUAUUCAAGCUCCUCCUAUGUUGAAUUUCCAUGUGAAUUACUUGCUGCAAUGCUUGUUGAGGCUGUUGGAGGUGCAUAGCAUAGACAAAGCAGAUUCAUCAUCUGUCGAGAAAUUGAGAAGAUUGAAGAGGUUCGCGUCUCUUGAAGAACUCUUCUACCCAGUCUCUCGUGGGAUAUGUGAGGAAUUGUUUUCUUUAAUUGACGAGCAACCGAGAAGUGCUGAAUACAUCGGGUGGGGCCCACUCGUAUCAUUCUUGUUGGAAGUGUUCAGGAUGCAGGCGCUGCAUGAUUAUGCAAGCUUAGAUAGGGUUGUGGAUCUUUUUCUAGAGUUUUCUGGAUCUCGUUCAGUGUUCCAGCAUGUGAUUAAUGCUCUUUCUUGUAGUUGCAAAACAACACCUCUGGUACUUACAGAGUGUCCAUAUUCAGGAUCAUACCCUUAUCUUGCAUUGGCUUGUCAUAUCCUCAGGCAUGAAGAGCUGAUGAUUCUAUGGUGGAAGUCGGGGGAUUUUGAGUCUUUGCUUGAAGGGUUUCUAUCAAGAAAGGGUCCUAACAAGCAGGAUUUGCAGCGCUUGAUGCCUUCUGUUUGGUGGCCAGGAUCAUGCGAGGACAUGUCCUCUGAAAGCAGUAUGAUACUGACAACGACAGCAUUGUCCGGAGCAAUCAAUAAGAUCGAGGAGAUGCAUCGGGAACUUUGCUGCUUGGUCAUACAGUUCACACCUCCCAUCACACCCACUCAGUUACCGGGUUCAUUGUUCAGGACAUUUCUACAGAACCUCAUUUUGAAGAACAGAGGUGCAGACCGCAACCUGUCACCUCCUGGGGUUUCAAGCAAUUCUGUUCUUGUUUCUUUGUACACAGUGAUCCUCCAUUUCCUAUCUGAAGGGUUUCCCAUGGGUGAUAUAUGUGGAUGGAUGAAGGGCUCCAGAACAAAAGCUGGAAUUGAUGAAGGUUUUCUUCACAGGGGUGGGCAGCAAAGUUUCCCUGUAGGCCUGUUUCUUAGAACUGAUCCUCAUCGCACUGACAUUUCUAGGCUUGGGGGGUCAUUUAAUCAUCUAUUGAAGUCUCACCCUGUUAAUGACAGGGAGACAGAAGUAGUUCAGUGGGAGGAAGGCUGUAUGGAUGAUGAAAAAACAAAAAUCACGCAUUCUACAGAGAAGAAGCCUUGUUGUUGUUCAACUUCUGAUGUUGAUUUUGGUAGAACCUCAAAGGAUCCAAUCAGGUAUAUAUCCAAAGGUUCUAGGGGCCACUGCAGUCCUAUCCCAGAGAGAUCUGCUCAUGUUGCAGCUGAGUGCAGCACAGGAAGUUUGAAUGAUGAGAUUGUGGAUAAACCUAGUUCGAGUGACCAGUCGGAAUCAGAUUUUCGAUAUCGACCAGUUCAGACUCUGAGAAGUCUACCGAGCACGAGCCAUUUGUCUAAUGCUACACUAAGAGAGGAGGAGCUGCUAGAUGCUAUGCUAUUGCUGUAUCAUUUGGGCCUUUCUCCAAAUUUUAAGCAGGCGUCAUACUACAUGUCUCAUCAGUCACAGUCAAUCUCUCUUUUGGAUGAAACCGACAAACAAAUAAGAGAAAGAUGUUGCACUGAAGAAUUGAAACGCUUGAAGGAAGCUCGGAACUUUUAUCGGGAAGAAUUAAUUGAUUGUGUCCGACAGUGCUCAUGGUACCGCAUCACUCUGUGUUCUCGCUGGAAGCAAAGGGGAAUGUAUGCAGCAUGCAUGUGGAUUGUUCAAUUGCUAUUGGUUCUUAGCAAAGUAGACUCAGUGUUCAUUUACAUACCUGAAUUUUAUCUAGAAGCACUGGUUGACUGCUUCCAUGCAUUGCGCAGGAGUGAUCCUCCAUUUGUUUCUUCUGCAAUUUUUAUCAAGCAAGGACUCGCUUCUUUUGUUACCUUUGUUGUUAUGCAUUUCAACGACCCACGGAUAUCUAGUGCAGAUCUAAGAGAUCUGCUUCUCCAAUCAAUAUCAGUCCUGGUUCAAUACAAGGACUACUUGGUUGCAUUUGAGAGCAAUGAAGCAGCUAUUCAGCAAAUGCCAAGAGCGCUACUGGCAGCAUUUGAUAACAGAUCAUGGAUCCCAGUAACAAACAUAAUUCUGCGUCUGUGCAAAGGUUCUGGAUCCGGUUCCUCAAAGCACGUGGAGGCAUCAUCAUCUGCUCUAUUCCAGGGUUUAUUACGAGAUGCAUUUGUCCAUGAUGAAGGACUGUUCUCAGCUUUUCUCAAUCGACUAUUCAACACCCUCAGCUGGACGAUGACUGAGUUCUCUGUUUCAAUCAGAGAGAUGCAAGAGAAUUAUCCGGUCCUGGAGAUGCAACAAAGAAAAUGCUGUGUGAUAUUUGACCUUUCAUGCAGUCUCGUGAGGGUACUGGAGCUCUGUACGUGUGAAAUACCUCAAGCUUUUCUCCUGGGACCUGAAAUGAACCUUCGAAGGCUAACAGAGUUGAUAGUCUUUAUUCUAAACCACAUAGCCACGGCUGCAGAUGCUGAGUUUUUCGAUUUAUUGCUCAGGCGACAAUUUCAGGCUCCAGAGAAGAUAAACCGAGCAAUGAUCUUAGCCCCUCUGGUCGGGAUUAUCUCAAACCUCAUGGAUGCAAGUGCUGAUUUCGAAUCUCGAGAGCAUAAUGAUGUUGUGGGUGUGUUUGCAAGCAUGGACUGUCCUGCAACUGUUUCUUGUGGGUUUCAGUAUUUGUUGAGCUACAACAGGGGUGUCAUGAGAGGGGGUGAUGCUUCGAUUGUGAGAGUCAGGCUGUUGGAGACAUUUGCGACGUGCCUUACAGAGGCAUUGGAAAGGAGAGGGUCCAGCAAUGGAGCUGAGGACAAAGAGGAGAGCUACUGCUGCAUCUGCUACGCUUGCGAUGCAGACGCUCAGUUCGAGCCUUGCCGCCAUAUUUCGUGCUUUGGAUGCAUAACUAGGCACCUCCUCAAUAGCCAAAGGUGCUUCUUUUGUAACAUGGCAGUCAUCGAGGUGGUGAGAUUUGAUGGAAAAGAAGGCUAGAGGUCCACAGAUGAAUUGAGAUGAGAUGAGAUCAAGUGGGGCUCCAUUCUCCUAUUUAUUUCCACAUUGGAAUCAGCUGAGUAUUGAAAUGGCCUUUCUCGGAAGCAGGUGGUCAUCUUGGGCAUGUGUCAAUGGAUAACCCAACAUUACUUGGGUGGGUUUUUUUUUUUUUUUUUUUUUUUAAAACAUGCUGGAAUUGAAACGUGUAUGUAUAAGAAAAAGUGGAAGAAAAGCUGUGAGUUUUUGAGGGUUGGUGGGAUGUAACAGGGGAGUAGGGAUAGGAGUACAAUUGGAUAGUAUGAGUUAGUAUAAAAGAAUUUUGUAGAGUAAGUUGAGGUCAUUACUUUGUAAAUAUGAGAUGUAAAUGGAAGGAAAUGUUUUGGGUC